UCGUAGAGUAUUUGAUUUGCUACCCCUAACACAGGAAAAAAAAAAACGUUAUUUAACGAGGGAGGAAGUUAAUUUUCGAUUUCUUCCCCCCAAAUCUGUAAUUGUGCAAGUGCGAAAAAUAAUCGAGAAGGCAAAGGAGGCACUGAUCAGUGAUCACUCAAGGAGGAAGCUGUAUCCACAGAGAUGAGGAAGCGCGAUUUGGCCAUUCUCAUGCUCGCUGCUUUCGCCAUUUUUUUCUCUCUCCAGCAUGAGGGAGACUUGUCGUUUAGGGAGGCUUGGUUUCAUCUGUUGGAUGAUUACCCCAUCAAAUACGAAGCCGAUCGCCUUCCUCCGCCUAUCGUCGCCGAUCUCAACGGUGAUGGCAAGAUUGAGGUCCUCGUUGCCACCCAUGAUGCUAAAAUUCAGGUGCUGGAGCCGCAUGCUAGUCGUGCUGAUGAAGGAUUUAGUGAAGCGCGUGUUCUUGCUGAGGUUACAUUGUUGCCUGACAAAGUCCGUGUUGCCUCUGGGAGGCGCGCUGUUGCUAUGGCAACUGGUGUUAUCGAUCGAAACUACCGCAAAGGGCAGCCACGUAAGCAGGUUUUGGUGGUAGUGACAUCAGGAUGGUCUGUCAUGUGUUUUGACCAUAAUCUUAAAAAGUUAUGGGAGGCUAAUUUACAGGAAGAUUUUCCUCAUAAUGCUCUCCACAGAGAGGUUGCAAUUUCAAUAAGCAAUUAUACUAUCAAGCAUGGAGAUACUGGACUGAUUAUUGUUGGUGGAAGGAUGGAAGUGCAACCUCAUAUUUUUUUAGAUCCUUUUGAGGAGAUGGGUAUGGCUGAGAAGAAUGCAGAACAGCAUAGGAGAAGUGCAGGUGAAACUGAGUCUGUGGAGAACAAUGAAGUAGUGGAUUUGCGGCACUUUGCAUUUUAUGCAUUUGCGGGUAAAAGUGGCCAGCGCCGAUGGAGUAGAAAGAAUGAGAAAAUUGAAGCGCAAUCCCCAGAUGCAUCCAUGUUAAUUCCACAACAUAAUUACAAGCUUGAUGCUCAUUCUUUACACAGUCGUCAUCCUGGAGAGUUUGAGUGCAGAGAAUUUAGAGAAUCUAUCCUGGGAGUAAUGCCACAUCAUUGGGAUAGGCGGGAAGAUACUAGUUUUCAGUUGGCCCAUUUCCGACGGCACAAGAGGAAGACACUAAAGAAGCUGUCUGGAAAAAAAACUAACUAUCCUUUCCACAAGCCUGAAGAACAUCAUCCUCCAGGAAAGGAUUCAACUAAAAAGAUUUCAAACAUGAUUGGGAAAGCUGCAAACUAUGCUGGCUCAUCUAAAAAAAAUAAGGCAAUGCCAUACGUACCCACAAUAACAAACCUCACACAACUUUGGUGGGUGCCUAAUGUUGUUGUGGCCCAUGAAAAAGAGGGCAUUGAAGCUCUGCAUUUGGCAUCUGGUCGUACACUUUGCAAGCUUCAACUUCAAGAAGGUGGACUUCAUGCUGAUAUUAAUGGAGAUGGGGUGUUAGAUCAUGUGCAGGUGGUGGGUGGAAAUGGUGCUGAGCAAACAGUUGUGAGUGGAUCUAUGGAAGUACUCCGACCUUGCUGGGCAAUAGCUACCUCUGGGGUGCCAGUGCGAGAACAGCUCUUCAAUGCUUCUAUAUGUCAUCAUUAUUCUCCUUUUAACUUAUUUCAACACGGUGAAUUCUCCCGAGGUUUUGGUAGAGCUCAAGAUGUUAGUUCCCUGGAGGUUGCCACACCAAUUCUUAUUCCUAGAGAUGAUGGUCAUCAUCAUCGGAAGGGAAGCCAUGGGGAUGUCAUCUUUUUAACAAGCAGAGGAGAGGUAACAUCAUACUCUCCUGGUGAACAUGGGCACGAGGCAGUCUGGCAGUGGCAGAUCAUGACAGGGGCAACAUGGUCUAAUCUACCUUCUCCCUCUGGAAUGAUGGAAUCUGGCAAUGUGGUUCCUACACUAAAACUGUUUUCACUGCGGGUCCAUGAUAAUCGACAAUUGAUUCUUGUAGCUGGAGACCAGGAAGCUAUUGUUAUAUCUGUUGAUGGAAGCAUCUUGACAACACUUGAACUCCCUGCACCACCAACUCAUGCCCUGGUUUCUUCAGAUUUCUCAAAUGACGGGCUGAAUGAUAUCAUCCUAGUUACUGCAAAUGGGGUGUAUGGCUUUGUUCAAUCCAGGCAGCCAGGUGCCCUCUUCUUUAGCACGUUGGUUGGUUGCCUCAUUGUUGUGAUGGGAGUCAUAUUUGUUACCCAGCAUUUGAACUCUGUGAAUGGGAAACCUCGUGCUCCCAGAUGAUUGAUGAGAGUGAUUCUUGAAAUUGGAAACAACUACAAUUAUACACUUCAAAUGAAUCAUGCCCAACAACAAUGGGAGCAUACACUUUAACAAGAAAGAUGAGAAGGCUUGCAGCUCGCUUGGAUGGAGGUAUUGCCAUCUCACUUUAACUCGAGCUUUGGGAUCCUGUUGGUUAUACUUGCUGUCUUUUGCUUGUAAAUUUGCAGCUUUUGUUCUUUUGUACCCUUUUUUUUGGAGGGGUUUGUAUUUAAAUUAGGUUUUGAUUAGUUAAGGCUGGAACUUUACUCUUUCGCUGUAGUUUCUAAUUUUCAAUGACAUCUUUAGUUGCUUGCAGUUUUGCAGCAGAGUCUAUAGAGCAUCUUUCAGGCUAAAAGUUACAUAUAUUUUCCCCA